AAAAAAGGAUCGACAAAGUUCCAGCCCUGUACGGAAUUUCGUAUUGUUGCUGCUGAUAAACCACUGCACCCCUCCCAAACCCCUCAUGCUUUGCCCUUCGUCUUUGCCAUGUACCAUUUACCCCAUUUCCACCUCAAGCCCAUGUCUGUAGGUACCCAUACGGCCAUGCCCAUUGCCAAUCUGCCCAGAACCCUGUCAUGCCCUGUCGUGCCCUGUACUUCCCUUUCCGGGUCUCUCAGGACCCUGUCCGGCCCCGUCGCCCUCUGCCCUGCGCCCCCGAGCACCUGCAUCAGCCCAUUCCCCAUGGGCUUGUCCCGCCUAGUUCGGGGGUUGCUGUCCCAUGGCCACAGAGCAGAAACGCAGUGGCAUGGUCCCACGGGGUCAUUCGUGACGCUCAUUCGUUUUCCUGCCUGGUCCUGCCCGCCAGACCUAUUUUUUUUUCCAGAACGGGAAUGGAACGACUUCCACCCUGGCGGCCCGGCAAAACACCAGGUUUUGCUUCUCUUGCGAUGUCGGCUAUCGACGCGGCGCCAGCCACCGCACAUGGCCUCCUGGCCUGGCCCAAUUCCCAAACCGUACCACUGUGGGCGACCGGUGAGCGGUCAGCAGCGCAAGUCCCCUUUUCCGGAGGGCCCCUGGUGCAUUGGUGGUCCCUUUGUGGUUUCUGCGCUUUUACCAUCUGCCAAGGGAAGUAGUGCAAGUGGGGAGGACGCACUGGAUAUGCGUAGGAGAGCAAGAGGAUAUACGGAUACAUGCCGGGUGGAUCACGGCUUGGGUACACAAAGAGUCCCUUUGCCAACUGUUGCUACGAUGCCCUCACUUAGUGGAUACUGCAAUGCUCUCAUGCAGUGGAUGACAGAAGAGCCCAUACAUUGCACAUGGCGACAUGGCCCUUAUCCCUGGACCCGAAGCGCACCUCGGCAUUUCGGCGUCUGUGGAAUCACCUUCCAGCACCAAUCAACAUAUUUGUAACAAAUCUCACGCUGCUUUAUUCGUCGUUGCUGGCUUUUUCCUA